CGCUCCCAGGGGAGAGGAGGUGGGGCCAAGAGUGGGCGGGGCGCUGUCGGUUUGCAUGAACGGAACCCUAAGAGGCGGCACUGGGCUUUAAUCCGCAGAUAUGUCCCCGCGCUCGCGCUGCAGUGCCAGCACCUUCGAGCAGCAAACCGACAACUGAGGAGGGCCCGCGUUUCAUGCUGGGAGUUGUAGUCCGAUCGGAGCCGCAAGGCCUGCUGGGAGUAGUGGUCUCGCGGAUGCUGCCUAGGUGCUUUGGGAGCUGGGGCUUUAAGAAAGACACCAAGUGUCACUAGAGCUGCAACACUGGACGAGUGGUGUCCCUUAAACCAGGAAACACAACACCACUGACAAUCCAAUUUUAAUAAUAAAGGAUCCAGUCUGUGCAAGAGAUAAACAAAUCUUUGUCCUAUGUUUCUCUCCUCCUUUCCACUCAAGACAACACAUUUCACCAAAAGAAUGAGAAAACUUUCACCUGUUCAAUCAAGGACACUAUGAAGGCUCUGUAUUGUCAGCAGAAUUCAGCUGGAGAGGAAAUUGCGUUUGUCUUCCAGGAAAGGGAAAAUCUUCCUGUUACAAGAGACAAUGAUGUGAAAAUACAGGUUAAAGCCUGUGCUCUGAGCUGGACAGAUAUAAAGCUUUUAUCAGAACUGAAGAUGAAGAAAGAAUUUCUACCUGUUGGGAGGGAAAUUGCUGGAGUGGUAUUGGAGGUUGGAAGCAAAGUGUCCUUCUUUCAGCCAGAUGAUGAAGUAGUGGGAAUCUUGCCCCUGGAUUCGGAAGAGCCUGGUCUCUGUGAAGUUGCUCUAGUUCAUGAGCAUUAUUUGGUUCAUAAACCAGAAAAAGUCCCUUGGGUUGAAGCAGCAGGCACCAUUCGUGAUGGCCUACGAGCAUACACAGCCCUACAUUAUCUUUCCCAUGUUUCUCCUGGAAAAACUGUACUAGUAAUGGAUGGAGCAAGUCCAUUUGGUACAAUAGCUAUUCAGUUAGCACAGCACAGAGGAGCCAAAGUAAUUUCUACAGCAUAUAGUCUUGAAGACAAGCAGUACUUGGAGAGGCUUAGACCUCCUGUGGGCACGAGGCAACCUUUAAUUGCUCGAGUCAUUGAUGUCUCAAAUGGUAAGAUUGAUGUGGCAGAAAGCUGUUUGGAGGAAACAGGCGGGCUGGGAGUGGAUAUUGUCCUAGAUGCUGGAGUGAGAUUAUACAGUAAAGAAGAUGAGUCAACAUUAAAACCGCAACUGCUGCCACACAAACAUGAUAUCAUUACACUUCUUAGUGUUGGAGGACACUGGGUAACCACAGAGAAAAACCUCCAGUUGGACCCUCCAGAUAGCCAUUGCUUGUUUCUUAAGGGAGCCACAGUCUCUUUUCUGAAUGAUGAAGUAUGGAAUUUGUCAAAUGUGCAACAAGGGAAGUAUCUUUGUAUCUUAGAAGAUGUAAUGGAGAAGUUAUCAAAUAGUAUUUUCAGGCCUCAAUUGGAUGAACCAGUCCCAUUGUAUGAAGCCAAAGUUUCUAUGGAAAUAGUUCAGAAGAAUCAAGCAAGAAAAAGACAAGUCAUCCAAUUCUGAAGCACAAUUUCCUUGUUUCUAAGACUGGGAGACAGAGAUAUGUAAUAUAUUUGAGAAGUAAAUUGGUGUGCAACUUCAAAUAGUUCUGUAGCUAGUGUCUGAAGAUAGCGUCUGGGCUGUGAAUGUUUUGGUACUGAGACUUUUAGUUUCCCUGUAUCAAAUCUAAUAGAAUGAUUCCAUCAACAACUUUAAAGAGAUACCAUUAACUUAAAAAUCACAUCUGUCUGAUUUUUCCUCCUAUUACUGUUAUAAGUAACAUCUAAGAUUAUUUUGAGGUUAGAGGAAAAAAUAUUUUUUCUGAUUGUUCAGUUUUAUUUUUUGCAUUCGACACUAUCUGAAUAGUCUGCUUCAGUCUUUGACGUACUCUUUUUAAACAGGGAAGAGAAAAAUAUUAAAAUAUAAGAAAAUGUAGUAGUAAAACUAGCAAAAUUGGCAGAGGGAUUCUAGGGGUAGGCACAACUUGUUUGUAACAAGGUUGGGGUUUUUUUGGGGGGGGAGGGGGGUUCAAACUGAUUUGUUUUCAAGUUUAUUGUGUCCCUUUAAGAUUUGAAUUACUGUUCUACAACCAUUUCAUAACAUCACACUUUUAUAUAGCUAUAAAAUUAAGGUAGACAAAAGUGAAUGAAAGAUUACACAGAUAUGAGGUCAGUCUUUCGCUUUAGUGUUCAAUUCAUGUUAAUGUUCAAUGCACUUUAUUGCACAUAGACUUUGUUCCUUUUUAUAUGGCUAAAGAGUAGGAAAUGUAAACUGGAUUUCCAUCUCUGACAUCAUUCCUAAAACACCUUCUGUGUUCUUUCGUUUACACCCUUUCACUUUUGCUCUUUAAGAUUAACUAGUCAUAUACUAAUGUUCAUGAGAUCAGCUUGUCCAACACCAUUCUCCUUUUUACCACCACACACACCAGCAUGCAUCCUCAAGGAAAAACCUACAGCUCUUUCAGUGAGUCCUACAGCUUCACUGCUUGUUACUGCUUGAGAUCUGAAGCCAUUAAUAGAGCAGUUGGGUACAAUCUAAAUCACUGUCGGAGGGGAUGGUUCAAAGUGUGAGCACGUGCACUUUGAAAUCUAGGUAUUACAUUGUUAGAUUUAAUCCUGAGUAACAGCAUUCAGUGUUGUUGUAGCUGUGUUCGUCCCAGGAUAUUAGAAAGACAGGGUGGGUGAGGUAAUAUCUUUUAUUGGGCUAACUUCUGUUGGUGAAAGAAAGAAACUUUUGAGUUGACAUAGAACUGUUCUUCAAAUCUGGGAAUUGUUUUGUUUUUUUCCCCCCAGACCUGAAGAAGAGCUCUGUGUAAGUUCAAAAGUGUCUCUCUCUCACCAACAGAAUUUGGUCCAAUAAAAGUUAUUACCUUACCCACCUUUUCUCUCUACUGUACCUUAACAGUAUGUCAAUUUACCUUGGUAUGCUGUUUUUCUAGUCACUGGGAUUAUCGCAUGUCCUCAGUAAAUCACAUAAUGCAGGUUAUAAGAAGUACGAAAAAAAUCUAAUUUUUCCGUUUGUGAUAUAAUGCAAGCUUGAGAACAGAUACUGUUUUAUACAGAACAUACACAUAUAAAAUUACAUUAAGGCAUUGAUCUCUCUUAUUUGAAAUCAGUCUUGAACCCAUGGUAUAUCCAGCAGUGUAUUAUAUUUAUUAUUUAUUCUCCUCUCACUUUCAUUUCAGUUUCAGUGCCUACAAAAUAAAAGGAGAGAGAAUAGAGGGAAUGGAAAUAAAAAUGUAAUGACAAAGAUGGAAUCGGUUUAACAAAACUAGAAAAGUAACAAUAAAAUUGCAAAGGGAAAAAAGAAUUGAGAGACUUAUAGGUCCUAGAACUAUCAGUCUGAUUAUUUUUUUUACCGUACUCUGUACAUUUUGACUGUUGGUCUCAUAAAUGGGGGGAAAGCAUUUUGCAAAUUGUUUUGGUGAAUUUGAAUGAACUAGGUCCAUUGCGUGACAGCAUAGUCUCCUUGACAUUUCCUCCACAGCCCCACACACUGUAGGAGUGGCAUGCCAACACGUAUGUCCUUGGAAACUUUUAAAGCAGUAAGUGAUGGUUAGAGGGUAUAUGCAUGUCCCUCAAACCCUACAUACAAUAGACUGAUGGUAUAAAUGCCCCACCCCUUUUAACUAUCCCUUAAUUCCUCUCUCCAUCAACAUGAGCAGUUAUGAAAUUAAUUCAUUCUCUUUCUCUAUGGAGUGUUAGCUUAGAUACACUUAUAUAGAGCCUAAAAUUAGUCUAAAGCUAUUCGUGUAGACUUAUGCCAAGUUUUUCAAAAAUAGGAGCCGAAAGCUAGGCUCCUAAAUCCAUAUUUAAACAUCUGAAUAAAGAGACCCGAUUCUCAAAAGUGUUGAGCACCCAGCAGCUCCUGUUGUCCUCCCUAGAAAGUCUCUUCCAGUAAAGAAGAAGGCGGCUCCUAAAGGGAUUUUUCAGCCGAGUCUAGUUUACUAAGUCAGAGUGCUGCCAGAUAUGGAUUUGGACACUUUCUUGGGGGAAGAACCGGUUAGGCUUCUAAGCUGGUACUUCUCCCACAGCUCCUGAUGAGGCUGGCUUGACUGCUUUCUCCUCUCCUGUGAGUGCAGCAGAGCCUUCUAAGACCUGGUAGGCAGAAUGGCAUCUGCUUUGGAUAUUCAUCUAGCAGUUUUGGUCAGCACGACACACUUGCUUUAGUCUGUCCAAAGAAGUGUUGAAUUCAUCUGUCUCUGUGGCCUCAGUCUCUGGAUAGCUGUAGGUUUUUUGACACGGUGAUAAAAAUGUCUGCAUGGGGUCUACACUAGCUCACUCCACAACAGAGCAGUGGCACCAGUGCUAAACUAAUGCCAGGAAAAACACUUGGGUAGACAAGGCCCAGGUGUGAAAGACUCCUCCCUGUUCUAUCCCUUUAGAUAACAUUUCUGCUUCUUUUAGCAUAUAUCAUUCUAGUAAACAUGUAAGGCUACUGUGUAAAUAGCCUGUAAUUAAUGGCUUUGAUAUAUCUUCAAAUAAAUCUUUUUUUCCUCUGUA